AUGUCGACCGCCUUGCUCGCGCUUUCUGGAAACGACCAGCUCGCCACACCCCGCCAACAUCUUCUCCAAGGCAUCAAUGACGACGACCUUUCGGAACUUCUGAAGAAGGUCGUGGGGAGGGAAUUCGCGCGUGGUGGCCUGGAAGACAUCAUUUCGGUCAUUCUGGACGUCAUCGCUAAGGACCCGGCCUCGGCCUCGGCCAACGGUGAUGGUAGCAGUGUCGCUCGCGCGACAGCUAGCGUCAAGAUCGAGCAAGGGCAUGGAAACAGCAUCCAGCAGCAUUGUGAGUAG